AUGGCUCCGGCGAAGCAGCAGAAGGAUAGAAGCAAUCGAACCCGUCAGAUCAAGCCUCACCACGGCGACACAAGCCAGAGGGCGGCACCCCAGCAGCGCCUCGAGAAUGACGCCGCCGCCGCCGCCGCCUUCGCCUUACCGAUCGAACUACAGCAGAUGAUCCUUGACAUCUUCCGCCGGGCAUUCCCAUUCGAUCAUGAUCAACGCGACCUCCGAACCACCAUCCAGGAGGUCAAAGGCCACCUCUUCCAGCGCGAUUUUGCUCGUGCAUUCGCCAAGCCAGAAUAUCUCGAUGCCUAUGCACUGAGGUGGAGCGCCAGCCGUGCACUCGGGUACGCGAGCAUUUUCUUACACGGCGACCUGCAGCAGGCAUGGAGCAAACUUCACUCAUCAUCAUCGCCAGGCGAGCGACAUCCAGCUCCAAGCGCUUGUAGCGUGCUCUGCAUUGGAGGCGGAGGAGGGGCCGAAGUGGCUGCAUGCGCGGCUGCAGCACGGACAAUCCUGCCGCCAUUGGCCAAGAUGAAUGUCCACGUCGUCGAUAUCGCAGACUGGUCAUCAUGUCUGCAGAGUCUCGAGACUGCAUUCUGCACGCCGCCUCAAUUGUCUGCCUAUGCAAGUGAAGGCGCGAAGGCGGCGAAUAGAGCGUUCGUCUCAUCUGACUCCUUUGACGUCCUCUUUUCGCAGCAUGAUAUCCUUGGUGUCAGCGAGGCGGAUUUGGCACCCAUGCUGCAGGACGUGCAUCUCUGCACCAUCAUGUUCACGCUAAACGAGCUCUUCUCGGCCUCCAUCACGCGAGCGACGGCAUUCCUCCUGGCGCUUACGGAGUCCAUUUCUGUGGAUUCGUGGCUACUUGUCGUGGACAGCCCCGGGAGCUAUUCGGAAGUCAAGCUUGGUACAGGGGACGACUCCAAGACCAAGGAGUACCCGAUGAAGUGGCUGCUCGACCAUACGUUGCUGGAAGUGGCGCGUGAUGGUGACAACAGUAAGUGGAAGAAAGUCGUGAGUGAUGAUUCGAGAUGGUUCCGUUUGAAUCAGCAGUUGUUGAAGUAUCCCAUCGAGCUGGAGAACAUGAGGUACCAAAUCCAUCUGUAUCAGCGGGUCUGA